AUGAAUCAUUUGAACUCCAAUUUUCCGGUUUUCUUUGCAGUUGCAGCUGCUUCAUUAGUAACAGGCUAUUAUCUGGGUCAGAUACUACCAUCAGCUUCAAGAACCAGUCAAGUACAGGAAAUAUUAAGACAAUGCAAGCAAAAGGCAGAACUAAAUAGUCAAGAACAACAAAAUGAGAGUAGUGAUUAUGAUGGAGAUGAAGAAACUGAAGAAGAAGAGGAUGAGGAUUACGAGAUCAACUCAAUUUCACUGAAUGAUGUUCCCGGAGAAGUGAGAAUGGCACUCGUUAUUCGUCAAGACUUGGGAAUGCAAAAGGGUAAGGUUGCAGCUCAAUGCUGUCAUGCAGCACUUUCAUGUUUCCGAAUGAUUGCGUGCGAUUCCGGUCGUGAGUCGUAUAAUCCUCAGAUGGUUCAAAGAUGGUUGAGAUGUGGACAGGCCAAAAUUACACUGAAGUGCCCUGACAAGGAAACCAUGGAUGAACUUUAUGCAAAAGCCAUUUCGUUAGGAGUAAAUGCAUGCGUAAUACAUGACGCCGGUAGAACGCAAAUCGCUGCAGGUAGUGCGACUGUCCUUGGGGUUGGACCUGCCCCAAAAGCUGUCCUAGAUCAAAUCACGGGUGAACUGAAGUUGUAUUAG